AUGACAACGACUGUCCGCCCGCCAACGCCGAUGCAUGAAGCGUACAGAGCCAUAUCCCCCCCAAAUGAUACGUCCCAGCUGGGAAGAAGCCACAGUACCACAAGAUCUACAUCUAGACCAAAUUCGUAUAUAGCCAGCAGCACCGAUGGAUACAAUGUCGCACAUGGCGGCCUUGUGGGACCCCCUCAAAGUGCCUACCCCACGCGGUUCCACGAAGAACUAGAUACCGCUAGCCAGCAUGGCUCUGUGGUUGCAGGCCCAUCAAAGGCAGGUGUGCAGCGCUCUGAUUCCCAGGUCUCGGCAUACUCGCGUACCGGUAUCUCGAGAAAGGAGUCCUCCCUCGGCAGGAAAUCCAGCUUGCGACGGAGCGCAAGCAGGCGAAGUCUCCGUGCGGGCAGCGUGAGAAGCCUCCAUUUGGGUGACAGAGAGAAGUACGUUGCGGACAAUUUCAAUAGCGCCUUCUACGUACCCAUUCCUACACAUGGCAACCCAACGGAAGUCUUGGCGGAGAGAUUUCAAGCCUGGCGCAAGAUUUUGAAGGACCUCAUUAUCUUCUUCAAGGACCUCCAGAAGUCAUAUGAGACACGAUCUAAAUUAUUAUUAUCCGCCUCGAAUAUCAUCAAUAACACGGCAAUUCCCCCAACUUUCCUACAAAACGGAGGAAUCGCGGAUGCUACUGAAAUUCUACGUGAAUUUCAUCGCCAAGGACUCGCUGAAGCUAACAAAGCCAAGGAUGUGGAAAGUGAAGUGGUUGCGCAGUUGACCGGUCUCCGGAGUGACCUACAUAAGAAGACGAAAGAGAUCAAGAGCCUGGCAGGAGACUUCAAGAACUCAGUGGACAAGGAAAUCGAAGGCACCCGCAAGACAGUCCGAAACCUCCAGGAAGCUCUUGGUCUCAUUGAUCUUGAUCAUUCGGCUGCAUCGGGGAAAGGAGACCCCUUUAUAAUCCGAUUGGCGGUUGACAGACAGGUUGAAAAGCAAAUAGAGGAAGAAAAUUAUUUGCACCGAGCCUUCUUGAACUUGGAAAGCUCUGGGCGUGAACUCGAGGCAAUCGUUGUCGGUGAGAUCCAAAAGGCCUACGACGCGUAUGCCAACAUUCUCAAGAGAGAAGCCGAUGUAGCAUACGACACUGUAGAGAAGCUCCGUGCUGGGCCCCUAUCAAUGCCCAAAGAUCACGAAUGGAACUCGUUUCUCGCUGAAACUGACGAGCUGGUCGACCCCGCGAUCCCUCUUCGAGAUUUUGAGAACAUCACCUAUCCGGGGAAGGAUCACCCUGCCACUGUAGAGGUUCGAUCUGGAAUGCUAGAACGCAAGAGCAAGUACUUAAAGAGCUAUACCCCUGGGUGGUACGUCCUUUCGCCAACCCAUCUGCAUGAAUUCAAGUCGACGGAUCGGGCGGAUUGGCAGGCACCUGUUAUGUCACUAUAUCUGCCAGACCAAAAAUUAGGGUCUCACUCGCAGCCAGACUCGACCUCUCAUAAGUUUAUGCUCAAAGGUCGACAGACGGGGACCAUGCAUCGCGGCCACUCCUGGGUCUUCCGUGCGGAGUCUCAUGAGACAAUGAUGGCAUGGUACGAAGACAUUGAGAACCUGAUGGCAAGAAGUGGUGAAACACGAAACGCCUUUGUCAGACGGCAUUUCAGAAGCGCCAGCGGAACGAGCGCCAAGUCAACCGCUAGCAAUGAUCCGGUUAUGGAAGAAGACGAAGCUGAUAGGACGCCAUACUCGGCCAACACGGCCAUACUCCCCCAUGAUCCGCCAGCAGCCGAAGGGCGCCCCCAACCAGGUGGUCGGUUCCCCAGCGACAUACAGGUUGACCGACACCUCAAUCAGACAUUAUUGCCGUCUAGCGGAGAAAGUUCUGCAGAUAGAGAUUUGGCGGCAGUAGUGGAUCCGCUGCUUGAUCGCCAUCUCCAUACUGCGUCCGAUCGAACUGACAUUGAGGGCCAAACUGGUAGGAGUCCUUCCAGGAGGCCGGACAGUUACUACGACGAUUCAAUCGGUGAAACGGCAAUCUAUUCUCGGCAGCAGCAACAGGACGCCACGUCAACGACCCAACCUGACGCUCACGAGGGCAGUCAUGCGGAGGGAAGUAUUCCCUCGAACCCUCCUAGCAUCAUUGCUCAGACUUCUGAGCAUCAUCCCAGCCAGUUGGUUGCUUCCCGGGCGACCAGACGAGGAAGCGCGUCAACUGUGCCUACGACAAAUAACACCGAGAACACUAACCAUACCAUGCCGACAUCUGUUGAUGAGGACCACGAGCUUAUGGCCGCUCCUGUCAGUCUUAAGAGGACUGGUAGCCAGCAGACUGCAAGCUCUGGAAGAGGGCAGACUCCGUUCACUGGUGAAGAUCACCCUGUAACGCCCGCUGGACGAGCGCAGAAAGACGGGGAAACGUCUCUAGCGGACGAGGAGUCGCAGCCCUCCAUGGCGGCCCGCAAGGAUACGCCUUCUACGCUCGAACUACGGAUCCCUGGGCACUAUCCGCCUAACGUUCCGGCAUGA